GCAGCACUUCCAUCUCAGCGCCCCGGACUGGAACCAGCGGAUUUCAGGAUGUCUGAGCAGGUCAGCGCUGAGGAGAUAGAGGAAAUGAGGGAGAGCUUCCAGAAAAUCGAUGUGGAUGGGAAUGGUUACAUCUGUGCCUCUGAACUGGGUGACCUUUUCCACGAGGUGGGCACUCCGUUACCCGGAUACCAGAUCAGAGAACUCCUUCAGAAACUGGACCGGGACCAGGACAGCCACAUCAGCUUUGAGGAGUUCACGGCUGUGUUCCAGGAGCUGAAAGAUGACCGUGCAACCAGUGGUUUCAGGAAGGCUCUUAAUAAGAAAGAGGGCAUUGUGGCCAUCGGGGGCACCAGUGAGAUCUCCAGCGAAGGAACUCAACAUUCAAUCUCUGAGCAGGAACGUUUUGCUUUUGCCAACUACAUCAACGCAAGUUUGGAAAAGGAUCCAGACUGUAAGCAUGUCCUACCCAUCAAUCCCAACACCAGCGAUCUCUUUAAAGCAGUGGCCGAUGGCAUUGUGCUGUGUAAACUCAUCAACAUGUCUGUUCCUGAUACCAUUGACGAGAGAACCAUCAAUAAAAAGAAACUCACUGCUUUCACCACACAGGAGAAUCUGAAUUUGGCUCUGAAUUCAGCUUCAGCCAUCGGCUGCCAGGUUGUCAACAUCGGGGCUCAAGAUCUGAAGGAGGGAAAACCUCACCUGGUGCUCGGGCUCCUCUGGCAGAUCAUCAAGAUAGGAUUAUUUGCCAAUAUAGACCUGAGUCGCAAUGAAGCUAUGUCAGCACUACUGGAGGAGGGGGAAAGUCUGGAGGAGAUGAUGAAACUCAACCCUGAAGAACUUCUGUUGCGUUGGGCAAAUUUCCAUUUGAAAGGAGUUGGCAUGUCCCUAUCAAACUUUAGUGGCGACAUUAAGGACUCAAAGGCGUACUACUACCUGCUGGAUCAGAUCGCUCCAGACGGCAGCAAAGAGGAUGUUCCUCGGGUUCAAAUCGAUACGAGUGGCUUAUACGAGCAAGAUCUCAGGAAGAGAGCAGAGUCUAUGCUAACAGAGGCUGAUCAUUUGGGCUGCCGGCAGUUUGUAACAGCAACUGAUGUUGUUACUGGAAAUGCCAAACUCAACAUGGCAUUCAUUGCCACCCUCUUCAACAAACACCCAGCUCUCACCAAACCAGAGAAUCAAGAGUGGAAUCUGGAGAGUGAAAGCAGAGAGGAGAGGACUUUCAGGAACUGGAUGAACUCUCUGGGAGUCAGUCCCUACGUUCACCAUCUCUUCUAUGGGGAUCUGCAGGAUGCCAUGGUGAUUUUGCAGCUUUAUGAGAAGAGUAAGGUGCCGGUGGACUGGAACAGCAGAGUCAACCAUCCUCCAUUCAAGGGAGUCGGAGGAGGACAUUUAAAAAAGAUGGAAAACUGCAGCUACUGCGUGGAGCUGGGUAAGGAGAAGGCUGGUUUUUCCCUGGUGGGAAUCGGAGGACAGGACCUGUACGAUGGAAACCCCACCCUCACCCUGGCGCUGGUGUGGCAGCUGAUGAGGAGGUACACUUUAAAUCUGCUUGAAAACCUUGGAGAUGGAGAAGUUGCUGGAGAUGACUUGAUAGUUUCAUGGGUCAACAAGACACUGGCCGAAGCGGGAAAGACUUCAUCUAUCAAAAGCUUUAAGGACAAAGAGAUCAGCACCAGUCUUCCCGUUCUCGACCUCAUUGAUGCCAUUCAGCCACGCAGUGUGAACUUUGAGCUGGUGAAAAAAGACAAUUUUACAGAUGAAGACAAGCUGGACAAUGCAAAAUAUGCCAUUUCCAUGUCGAGGAAGAUCGGUGCAAAGGUGUACGCGCUGCCUGAGGACCUGGUGGAAGUCAACCCCAAGAUGGUGAUGACCAUGUUCGCCUGCCUGAUGGGCAGAGGCAUGAAGAGAGCUUAAACCUGCACACGUGUCCUCACGUGCUUAGGGACGGUAGAUCAGGAGCUGCAGACUUGAUAGGAAGCUGCUUGGUGUUUGAGGCUAUCAAGUGAUCGUCACGACACAGGAGACUAACAGCUUCCCUUUUCUUCUUCAUAGCAAGAUUGUCGAGCAAGGACAUCGAUACAUGCUGUUCUUACUUAGGUAGAAGUUCCUA